AUGAAUUCUCUUCAAGAAAAAAAAAUCAAGACUGAUAACAAUAAUUAUAUUGCAGCACAAAAAUUAUAUUAUAAUGCUGCAUCACCAGGAAUAAUUUAUAUCAAUGGGCUUUAUUCGGAAAUGAAUAAUUCACGCAAAGUUGACUUUAUUAGAAAUUUUUGUGCAAGAAAAAAAGAAAUUAAUUUCUUAACAUUUGACCAUUAUGCACAUGGAUCAUCUUCUGGAAAUAACGAGUAUAUUAGUAUUGGAAGAUUUUAUAAAGAUUUGUGUUUAAUAAUGGAAAAAGAAACCGAUGGUUCACCAAAAAUAUUGAUCGGUUAUAGUAUGGGAGUUUGGUUGGCACUAUUACUAAUUAUAUCAAAUCAUCAUUAUUUAAUUGGUAAAAAAAUUAAAGGAUUGAUUGGAAUUUCACCCGCAAUUAAUUUCACUCAAAGUUUAAUUGUAGAUAAAGAAGAAAAAAGCAAUAAUAAUAUAAACCUGAAAGAAGAGAACAACAAUAAAUUGAUUUAUAAAUUAAAAUCAUCGUAUUCUGAUAAAGGAAGAUCGAGAAUUCUCAUACAAUGA